CAACAACCGGAAGCCGUUGCUCGGGCUGUGCUUCCGUGUUUUCUGCCCCGUGGCGUUUACUUCUCCCGUUUGUUUUGCAAAGGCGAUUCCUGCACGCGCAUUCUUCACAUAAAAGUCACCCGGAAUAUAUAUAGCAUGAAGAUGGCACGUUCCUGUUGAUUUGGAUCAAGGUAAAUAUGAAGAGGCUUUGCCAACAGUACUUUCACACUACUUUGAGGAAUCUGAGUAUGAACACUGAAAUGCUUUAGGAAUGCAGCAUGACUGCAGAAGUGUAACUUCGCAGCACUCUCUACUCGCGCUUUCUCUUUUACACCAAACGCAAAAUGAAGUCGUUAUAAAUGCGUCAUGGACUAAACCUGUCUCUGCAUAAAGUGAGGUUUUGCCAGAGCAGACCUGAAGAUGUGUGGCUGAUUAGGAGUCCUGUGUGCCUCUCCCCGCUAUGCCCAGGCGAGGGUUGCCACUGCAAGGCCGGGUGCGCUGGCUCCUUCUGGGUAUAUUUUUGCUCCUUGUCUUCUUCUUCUUUGCCUACUUGCUGGAAUGUACACCGCCUGCAGAUGUGAGCCAUGGGUUGCCUGGUCUCGGAGGGGAACCUUAUGGAAAAGAAUAUUAUCAGGCACUGCUCCAGGAGCAAGAGGAGCGGCACCUCAGCCGAGCAGCCAGCCUCAAGAGGCAGAUUGCGCAGCUUAAACAGGAGUUGCAGGAGAUGAAUGACAAGCUGAAGAGCCUGCAAGAGAGAAAAGAAGGCCCUGGACUACAAGGUUUGGUUGAUGGCAAAGAUCAGGAACCGAGUGACCUGUUGGAAUUCCUGCAUUCACAGAUUGAUAAGGCUGAGGUGAAUACAGGAGCAAGGCUUCCUAGUGAAUACGCUUUAGUGCCCUUUGAAAGUUUCACAACAACAAAGGUUUAUCAGCUGGAGAUGGGUCUCACUCGGCAUCCUGAGGAAAAGCCUGUACGAAAGGACAGGCGAGAUGAGCUGGUGGAGGUGAUAGAGGCAGGUCUAGAUGUUCUGAACAACCCUGAUGAAGAGGACGGCCAGGAGGAGGACAUCCCCAUGCAGAGGCAGACCUUCACAGAAAGCCACUUUGUCGAGGGGCUUUACAGGACCGAGCGGGACAAAGGCACACAGUACGAGCUGUACUUUGCGAAGGAAAAUUCACACGAAUAUCGUCAUGUUACUCUCUUCCGUCCAUUUGGUCCAUUAAUGAAAGUGAGGAGCACAUCUUUGGACACAGGCAGCACAAUUAUUAAUAUUAUAGUGCCUCUGUCAGGCAGAACAGAAGCUUUUAUUCAAUUUCUGCACAACUUCAGGGAGGUGUGUAUACAUCAGGACAAGCGAGUGCAUCUUACAGUUGUCUACUUUGGGGAAGAGGGCUUGGAAGAGGUGACCUCUUCCUUACGAAAAAUAUCCAGUGAGGAGAAUUUCACGAACUACACUCUUAUCCCUGUGGACGAGGAGUUUUCCCGUGGCAGAGGAUUGGACAUUGGUGCUCAUGCAUGGAAGAAAGAGACUGAUGUGUUAAUGUUUUUCUGUGAUGUAGAUAUUUAUUUCACAUUCGAGUUCCUCGAAACGUGCCGUCUCAAUACAGCCCCCGGGAAACGAGUGUUCUAUCCAGUAGUGUUUAGUUUAUACAAUCCUGCCAUAGUAUAUGGAAAUCUUGAAUUGGCUCCACCCAUUGAACAUCAGUUGAUUCAUAAAAAAGAUGCUGGAUUCUGGAGAGACUUUGGAUUUGGCAUGACGUGUCAGUAUCGCUCGGACUUCCUCACUAUCGGAGGAUUUGAUUUGGAAGUGAAGGGAUGGGGAGUGGAGGAUGUCCAUUUGUACAGGAAGUACCUGAGGAGCGAGCUGAUAGUGAUGCGGACACCAGUUUCGGGUCUCUUCCACCUGUGGCAUGAGAAACUAUGCGCAGACGAGUUAACGCCAGAACAAUACCGCAUGUGCAUCCAGUCCAAAGCUAUGAACGAAGCUUCUCACUCUCAUUUGGGCAUGUUGGUGUUCCGCGAGGAGAUCGAAAACCACCUCCGCAAGCAGGCCUACAAAAGCCAGAGCAGGGCAGAGGAUUGAGACGGUUACAGUAAACUUGCUCACAGUAAGCACAGUAUCAGUGCAUUUCAGCAGGGCAGAAUUUAGCAAGCUGAGAUUUGUCUAGCUCUUGCUACAUUACGUAUUUUCUGAAAUGAUACAGAAGAUAUUUUAUUAAUUAAAAAACAAAGUCCCAAGGAUCAUCUGUGAACGGAUAUGGUUGGAGAAGUGUAUGAAUGAAGUGUUUAACACAUUUUGUGUGAAGGCUGCUGCGAUGACCAUGUUAUUCAUCUUUCUGAUGGUCCAUUUAACACUUUUGUUCUUGUUUAUUUAAAAUGACCAAUUGAGUUGGUGCUUUUAUGUUCAGGCACAUUCGUAGCCUGAAACUAGUCCUGUUUCUGGUUAUCAUACACUUAUUUUUAAUGCUAUUGUUUAACAUACUGUUGCAUACAUUUUUAUUGCUUUUACUAUCAAAAUUAUGCGUGCUGUGGAAAAGAGCCACAGUUUUUUUUUUUUUUUUUAAAGGCGCAGCUGAAAGAGACAAUCAGUUGUAAAAGGAUAUGAACAAAAUGCUAUGAGGAAUGAUACAAAAGUGGAUUAAACCGUUUUGUACAUGACAGUAUGCCGAGUGACAAUUCCGCAACUGUCAGAUUCAGCCAGUGAAGCAGUGCAGCAUUACACUGUGGUGGUCAGUUUAGAUGAAGUGGGUAAAUGCUUACUUUAUACAAACUGAUUUUGAAUAUAUCUGAAGAGUAUUGAACUGCUGACCACUGUUAACACCCAGUAGCCACUUAGUUUCUAUUGAGGAUGUUUUUAUCACUUACACAGUAGAGGCUACUAAUACAAGGCUGGCAUCUGUAGCAUCUAAAACGACAGCACAAUGCAAUCGUGGAGACUAAACUUCUCAAUCCUUUUGUUUGUUUUUUUUUUAAUA